AUGGGCGAUUGGAGGGAGGCUGGCUGCGCCGUCAAAGCGCUCAUGUCUCGUGUCCGGGCUGGCCUCAUGACGGAACGAGAGUACAGGAUCAGGAGGCAGGUUGUCGCUGGUAAUGCGAGGAGCCGCCCGAGCCAAUGGUCGAUGAGAGGCCCCGAGCCAAGAGCGAGCUUGGUGAACGGGCCUCGGGACUGCUUCUCCUCCUGGCCGACGCUGGCUCGCAGAUCCGUUCAGAGCUGCGUUCUUCCUCGACUCAUAUGCGUACCGGGACGCUUCGGCCUCCAUCUUUGCCUAGACGACGAGUCUUUGGUUGAUAACCAUGUCACCAAAGAACUGAGAAUCGGGCGGCGUGCACUCCAGCGGGAACUCGGGGCCGAACAGGGGGAUCAAAGCUCCGGCGAUGUCAUGGCAGAAGCAUCUGGGACGGCUUGGUCCGUUCAAGAGGUCAGCGUCGCGGUCGACAAAUAUGUGGGAUCCAGUGUCCUACCUUGGGAUAUCCCAGGCACUUGA